AGACAAAGAGUUCCGAGUCCGGUUCGCACCACAACGGAAAUGACCCCGAGUCGUUCUACGCAUAACUUCGCUGCACUUUCGGCGUUUUCAACGAUACCCCUGAUUAGGCAUGCUAGCCAACAAUCACUAUACAUUAUGGAAUAUGAGCAUUGGGCCGGCGUUUGGGAUAAAGAACAUACUAUGACUUGGGAACGCAUAAUCCCCUGGCGCGGGGCCAGAGAUACUGUGGGCAGCUAGGGCAUGAGAAACCCACACUCUUUGCAUACAUUGCGGAGUAACGGCAUGUCAAGGGCAUCAGAUUCUAAGAUACCGUCACGCAAUGAAUAUUUGGUAAUUUCACAGUGUGUGUUG